CCCCGCCGCUCUCGUCCAAAUGCGCUCGCCGAGAUACAAUUCGCGUCCAUAGUCGAUCCGGAUUUCACACCGUCGGAAGACGAGUUCUCGGAUCCACAGGGCUUCCAGCCUGAAGAUGCGCAAUCCGUCAUAGGAGUUAGCAUUGGACAGGCGCAAACAAGGCUCACGUCUACAAAAACUCCGGCUGCUGAAAAGGCUGCCGCAUUGGAAGAUGUCGAAGGUGGGGGGCUGUUUGAUAGCAGCUGGGAGAAGUCGCCCGCGGGAACACCUGAUGAGGAACAAAGGGAAUUCGGGGUAGAUUCUGGACCAGAAGAAAAGAGAGACACAGACCAGCCAACACCUGAGCAGCCAACGCCCGCACCGCCAACAACUCCUCCUGCAGUUGAGGUAUUGCCAGCCUCACCACCUGCCAGACUACCCUCUCCUUGGAAGGCUGGUCCUCGGAAGUUCCAACGACUCGACGAAACCAAGAACACUCUGCGCGAGAGCUUCGGCGGUCAACGUCGGAGAGCGUCCUCUGGAGGCUCAACUUCGGAGACGCUGAAGAAGUAUCUGUCGAGUUUUAAUUUGCCCUCCAUGCCCAAGAGCCCCAACCUGCUGAACUUCUCUUUACCGGGCUUCUCUACCUCUUCAGUUUCAGACAGCAGCCAUGCCGGGGAUCGCGCCGUAGAAGACUCACAAAGACCGAAAGGACACUCUCGUGCUGGAUCUCCUUCGCUAGUGCAGCUGGAUGGCCCGCAAGCCCGCCGUGACCCGAAAGCUGCUCAUCAACGCUACGCUACCGUUGCAACCAGCUUACUGCAGCGUGACAAUCCACCACCAGCUGUUCACAGAGAGCUUGUAGAUAUUCACCCAGGCCGCCCCCACCCCGCUCCUGACUCAGAUCGACUCAGAGCAGUUCAAUCGCCAAUUCACCACCCCAAACUUAGACGAUCCGCAUCCGACAACUCUCUCCUCAUGCAUCGGUCACUAUCUCGAGCGUCUUCCUUGGGCGACGAUAGCCGUUUUGAACAUGUUCAAGAGCAGGUUAAUAGUCGUAUCAAGGCGAUCAAAGAUAGCUGGCAAGAUGCAAAUUUCAAGCUCCCUAGUUUGCCAACGAUGCCUAACUUCAAUUUUGGUGGUUCUAGGUUAGAUCUUGCGCGACAAGUUAAUCCUAUUGCCACCCACAAGGCGCCUGUCCAACGCAUCACGAACGGAGACGCUACCACUGUACCUCGAAAGAUGUCCCUGUCCAAAGCGAAUCAGACAACAACGAAUGCCGGCAUGUCAGCAAGCAAUGCCGCGUCGCAUCCGUACUUUACUGGAGCCUUAAAAGAUCUCACGGGCGACGUUGUAAUACUCGGUGGCUACAGAGGAUCAAUAUUACGCUCAGCUGAUACGAACCAACAAGUAUGGGCACCCAUCAAAGUCGGCCUGAAUCUGCGCAAGGUAGAUCUUGAAGUGGGUCUGGAACCAGAGGAUGAAGAGUCGAUGGAAGAACGAAUCAUAGAGGGCGGCAUGCUCACCAAUAUUGGCCCAGUCGACAUCUCGCGAAGACUUUUCAAGAGAUUGAGAGCAUCUGAAAACUACCGAAACGGAAUCCUUCGUGUCCACAACUACGGCUAUGACUGGAGGUUGAGCCCGCACCUGCUUAGUCGGAGACUGGCUACCUACCUGUCAAAAUUGCCAUGCAACAGACCCGACGCACCACCAGGGGAACGAGGCGCAAUUGUCAUAGCCCAUAGUCUCGGAGGUCUAAUAACUCGGCACGUAAUCAAUAAACAGCCCGACCUGGUCUCUGGCGUUGUCUAUGCGGGAGUUCCUCAGACAUGCGUCAAUAUUCUCGGCCCACUUCGCAACGGCGACGACGUGCUACUGAGCUCCCGAGUCCUAACCGCCCAAGUCAACUUCACUAUUCGAACGAGCUAUGCACUUCUUCCGUUGGAUGGCAAAUGCUUUAUCGACAGAAAUACCCGCGAGGAAUACCCCGUGGAUUUUUUUGAUAUCAAAACUUGGAUCGACUGCCGCCUUUCACCCUGCAUUGCAUAUCCAUUGCCAGCACUACACUCGAUACUCAGUAGUAACAGCAUCAGCGGGCUUCUCAGUUCCAUGUCCAGCGUGAUUCCUAGCUCCAUCAUCAGCCGCAAAAGCUCUCUUUCCCGUGGUAGCAACAGUGGCAGCAGCGGCGCGGGCGGCAGCGUCAUGAACUCCAAUGGUGUGUUCGUCGGCACCACACCGAGCAGCUCCGCAACAAUAAACGCUCGCGAAGCCUCUGCAAGCAAAUCCCAACACGCGGCGAACGCAGCAGAGGGCGGCACAGAGCGCACAGGUUUUGCUCCUCAAAUGGGCCACAAGAACAAUUCUGGCUCGAAUGACUUCAACAACCCUGCGUCAAACUCGCCGUCGACUACUUCGACCAUCCCGAAAGACAAGGCCAUUGCGUAUCUAACGCGCGUUCUCGCAGAGGUCAAGAAGUUCAAGCAAGAGCUCGCCUUUGAACCUGAACACGCGAAGGCCAACAAAUACCCUCCCAUCGCUGUCAUCUACGGCAAAAGCACACCGACUGUGUACGGUGCCAAGGUGGAAAGCCGGGACUCGAUUCCGCGCGCCGAUGCAUACGACGAGCUCGCGUUCGCAAGUGGCGAUGGGGUAGUCCUUGCGAGAGCUGCCAUGGUGCCAGAUGGAUACAGUGUUGUCAGAGGUGGUGUUGUGAGCAGUAACCGCGGACACGUGACGCUGCUAGGGGAUCUGGAGACAGUCGGUCGUUGUCUGAGUGCAGUCAUCGGGGCGCGAAAAGCGGGUGUCGGCAUGGGU